AUACGGUUUAAAACAGCGCCUCUACAGGAAAACUUUAAAAAUUCAACACGCGGAGCCGUUUGUAAUGGCUCUUCAACUCCUAAAUAUCACUCGUUCUUUGCAGAAACUAUCACUAAAUGCACGAUGUCGCCUGGCACCAACGUCUGGAACCUCCGGCGAAGUAAUCAUAGGUCCACUGCUUAACACCAAUUCAAGAAAUGCAAACUUUUUCAACAGAUUACCUGCAGAAGCACUAUGGAAAGGCAUAACAUCUGUGAGUAAUGCCGGUAAGAAAAGAGGUCGUGGCAAGACAGUGUCAAAGAAAAACAUCAAUUUAAAUCGUGGUCAAGUCAUUGGUGUGGGCAAAGCCAAUAUAAUAUGGCCAGGUUUAUCAGCGCCUAUCAUCAGAGGCAAGGAACUAGUUCAACAACAGCAGUUACCUGAAGAUCCUGAAAGAGAAAAACAUCUGAUUUCACUAAGAGAUUCAAUGGGUACAUUUAGAUAUGGAAAAUUAAGCCCAAUUGAAAGAGGUUGGUCUGGUUCCAAAAUGCCUGGCAGAAGUAUAGGACCACCAGAUCCUGUUGGAGAAGAUAACUUUGAAGGUUUUGACACAAAAGUGCUUGAAUUGAAGACUGUUUUCAAUAUGAAAGGUAACUUUGGGCGUAAACGUCGUUUAUCAGUCUUUGUUGUAACUGGUAAUUCAAAUGGACUUGGUGGUUUUGCAACUGGCAAGGGAAUUGAGUCAAAAACUGCUCUCAGGAAAGCCAAAAACCGAGCUGGGCAAAAGUUGAUGCAUGUAAAUAUCUUUAGAGGCCAUACAGUUUAUCAUGAUUUUACUCAAUUCGGCGCGACUAAAAUAUUCGUUAGUCAAAGACCACCUGGCUAUGGACUGAGAUGUCACAGAGCCAUUAAAACAAUUUGUGAAGUUGUCGGCAUUAAGGAUUUGUAUGCAAAAGUUGAAGGAUCAACAAAUGUGCAACACGUCGUCAAGGCCUUCUUUUUAGGCCUUUUACGACAAAAAACACAUCAACAAAUCGCCGAAGACAAACAAUUGCAUUUAGUUGAACUCUGCAAGGAAAACUUAAACUUCCCGAAUGUCUUAGCUUCGCCCGCCUCGGUGCGAACCAGUGAUAAAUUGCAACACGAUGAAACUUUGGACUUUACGCAAUAUUGCCUUGACGGGCGGGUAAUUCUACAGCGAAAGAAAUUUCCGCCAUUUUAUACCAAACAGAAGGGUUGGGAGACAUACCUGAAGAAACAGGAGAUAAUCAGGAAUCAAGAUAAAGUGAAACGCAAUUUGAUUGCUGAGUAUGGAGAUAUUAGGAGUUUCCUUACGGAUAAAUAUCCUGAAUGUAGGCCGAAUAAGAUGCAAAAGGAAGCAGCUGCGGAAGAGAAUGCGGAAGAAGGUAGUUAGGUAAAAGUACGUGUAUAAAUUUACAAAGUAAAUAAAGUUGGACGAUAAAUUAA